AUGGCGCCACAUCGGAGUAGCUGGGAUGCGGUGUGCAGGGAGAGAGGCUUGAGCGAAGCCAGAAGCCACGUUGCAAAGAUUCAGCAGUGCUGUACUAAACAGCACGGAUUAGUCCUGAGAGCAAAGAAGGCGAGACUAAGCGGUCCUCCCGUGAGCCCCUGGCCUGAGUCCAACUGGACUGCACCACAGGAGUUCAUCAUCCUGGGCUUCUCCGGGUGGCCCCCGGGCCUCCGAGUGCUGCUCUUCACCCUGCUCCUGCCGCUCUACCUGGCCACACUGGCAGGGAACCUGCUCAUCCUGGGGCUGGCCCUGGCCGAGCCUGCACUGCACACCCCCAUGUACUUCUUCCUGGGUGCACUGUCGGCUGUGGAGGUGGCCUACACGCUGGUGCUCACCCCGCGCAUGCUGGCCGGCUUCCUCCUGCCUCCCGGGGGCCAGGCUGUGGCCCCUGCCACCUGUGCUGCCCAGAUGGGCCUUUUUGUGGCUCUGGGCGGCUCUGAGUGUCUGCUGCUGGCCGCCAUGGCCCUGGAUCGCUACCUGGCCAUCUGCCGCCCUCUCUCCUACCCUCAGCUUAUGACCACAGAGCUGCCCUUCUGCCACGGUGGCCUUGUCAACCACGUCUUCUGUGACCUCCCCGCCGUGCUGGUGCUGGCCUGUGGAAACCGGGAGCUGCAGGAGAACGUGCUCCUGGUGGCCUGCCUGCUGCUGCUGGUGCUGCCCUUGUUCCUGAUCCUCCUGUCCUACACCAAGGUGAUUGUGGUCAUCCUGGGAGUUGGGGAUGCUGCAGGCCGCCACAAGGCCUUCAACACUGUGGCGUCCCAUCUCACGGUGGCCGUGCUCCACUAUGGCUGUGCCACAGCCAUGUACGCCAGGCCCCUGAGCAGCAGCUCCCUGGAGGAGGACAAGCUGGUGUCGCUCGUCUACAUCAACCUCACCCCGCUGCUGUACCCAGCCAUAUACACACUGCGCAACAGGGACAUGCAGGGGGCCCUGCAGAGGGCCCUCAGCCAGAGGACACUGGGGGAGGCCCACCAGGGGGAGCUAACCUAA